AGGUUCACAUGAGGAGACCUAAAACUGAGGAGGAAACAGGGGGACAGUCAGGGUGGUAGCACACUGAUAGUAGCGUUUUUUUAACUAAACCAAACGUAAUGUCAGGCAAAAAGCAUAACGAGUUCGUUAACAGUAAACGACAUGACAGUGAGACAUAGUUCAGAAAAACAUGUGAGAACAGACGGGAGCGCUGAAGGUAGGCUACUUCCGUUGGCAGCUAACAUUAAUGUAUCUUCUCUGGAUUAGCUAGCUAACUGUGUGGGGCGUUCAAAGACCAACCGUGCGAGCUGUGUUGAUUUUCGGAAAGUCAAGUAUCCACUGCACCCCGGAGGACAACAGGCACGUUGGAUGUUAAUUUCAAGCAUCUCAUGGCCUGUAUCAUGCUGACAGACAUGGACCCGGCCUUUUCCAGUCAAACAACCCAUCACAAUGGCCAUCUCAACCCUGCUGCUGGACUUGAACCCAAGCAGGAAAAAGAUGCUGUCUGCCUCACUGUCCACCUUUACUUUCAAGGGAAGGGUAAAGAAGGGGGCGGGGCCAGCAGUCCAGAAAGUGCUCUCACGUUUCCAGCCGGGGAGUACGUAGCAGAGGAACUGUGCAUCAGAGCAGCGAAAGCAUGUGGUAUCGCUCCAGUGUACUUCACUUUAUUCGGCCUGAUGAGGGAAAGUGAUCGUACAUGGUUCCCGCCCAGUCACAUCUUCAAACUGGACCAUCCCUCCAGUGAGGAGCUGGACUUCAGAAUCAGAUACUAUUUUCCUGGCUGGUAUAACAGUAGCAAUUCCUUUUAUGCUCAUCGCUGUGGUAUAACCAAAGGGAGAGAAAGCCCUGUGAUGGAUGACUGUGUCAUGGCUUACCAAUUUUUCCAGUGGCGAAGUGACUUUCUAAAUGGCCGGGUUAAUAUUCCAGUGAGCCAUGAGGCCCAGGAGGAAUGCUUGGGAAUGGCGGUGCUGGACAUGAUGAGGCUUGCCAAAGAGAGUGGACAAUCCCCUGUGAACAUUUGUAGCGAUACCAGCUACAAGUCCUUCCUGCCCAGGUGCAUGCAAAACCGCAUCCGUGAGUACAACAUCUUGACUCGGAAGAGGAUCCGGUACCGCUUCAUUAGAUUCAUUCAGCAGUUCAGCGAAUGUAAAGCCACAGUGUCUAACCUCAAACUAAAAUAUCUGAUGAGCCUGGAGAUGCUGCUGCCAUCUCUCUAUGCUGAGCGCUUCCAAGUCACCGACCUGUCUGCACGGGAGGUCACCAUCGUCGUCAUGGGCAACAAGGGCAUCCAGUGGUCAAAAGGAAAAAAGGAGGAGGGAGCAGAGGAGGAGCUGCAGACAUACUGUGACUUCCCAGAGGUGAUUGACAUCAGCAUCAAACAGGCCAAUAAGGAGGGCUCAGUGGAGAGUCGCAUUGUAACAUUGACCAGACAGGACAACAAGACCCUGGAGCUGGAGUUUCAUUCCCUCUCAGAGGCCUUGUCAUUUGUGUCACUAGUGGAUGGGUAUUACAGACUUGUUGCAGAUGCCCAUCAUUACCUAUGUAAAGAAGUGGCUCCACCAAGGCUCCUGGAAUGCAUUCAGAGCUACUGCCAUGGCCCUGUGUCUAUGGAGUUCACGAUUAGUAAGCUGCGUCGAUCUGGUAACCACCAAGGCCUCUACAUCCUCCGCUGCAGCCCCAGGGACUAUGACAAAUUCUUCAUGUCCUUUGUGGUGGGGUAUGAAUCCAUGGUGGACUACAAACACUGUCAGAUUGUGAAGACAGAGGCAGGAGAGUACAUUCUGAGUGGUGCUAAGAGAAGCUUCGGCUCACUAAGGGAACUUCUGCACUGCUACCAGAAGGAGGCUCUGCGCACUGAUGGAUACACGUUCCAGCUGACCAGGUGCUGCCCCCCCAGCCCCAAAGAUAAAUCGAACCUUCUGGUGUGUAGAAAUAAUCAAGGCGAAGAGGUGCCUCUGUCCCCCGCACUCCACAAACACAACAUCACCCAGAUGGUUUUCCACAAGAUCCGAAAAGAGGACCUCAUCAUUAAUGAGAGUUUGGGCCAAGGAACGUUCACCAAGAUCUUCUGCGGAGUGAGGAAGGAACUGGGAGACUACGGAGAGUUACACCAGAUAGAUGUUGUUAUCAAGAUCUUGGACAAGGCUCAACGCAACUUUUCAGAGUCGUUCUAUGAAGCAGCAAGCAUGAUGAGCCAACAUUCGCACAAACACUUGCUCCUCAACUAUGGUGUUUGUGUUUGUGGAGAUGAGAACAUGAUGGUGCAGGAGUACGGCAAAUUUGGGUCACUGGACACCUACCUAAAAAAGAAUAAAAGCUGUGUUAACAUCACCUGGAAGCUGGAAGUGGCCAAGCAGCUUGCCUGGGCCAUGCACUACCUGGAGGACAAGAACCUUAUUCACGGGAACGUUUGUGCCAAGAAUGUUCUUUUAAUCAGAGAAGAAGAUCGCAUAACGGGCAGCCUGCCCUUUAUCAAACUCAGUGAUCCGGGUAUCAGCAUCACCGUGCUGCCUAGAGAAGUUCUGGUGGAGCGUAUCCCUUGGGUGCCCCCUGAGUGCAUCGAAAAUGCCCAAAACCUGAGUUUAGCCACAGAUAAGUGGGGCUUUGGGACCACGCUUUGGGAGAUCUGUAGUGGUGGAGACAAACCGCUCAACACUCUUGACUGCUCCAAGAAGAUCUUGUUCUAUGAGGACCGACAUCAGCUGCCUGCUCCUAAAUGGACAGAGCUGGCUAAUCUGAUUAACAACUGUAUGGACUAUGAGCCAUCACAUCGGCCCUCCUUCAGAGCUGUGAUCAGAGAUCUCAACAGCCUCUUCACACCAGACUACGAGUUGCUGGUGGAGAGUGAUAUGGUGCCCAGCAGGAUGAGAGGCUCUGGCUUCCCGUGGGCUUCAGAGAACCAGGAGCCAGCCCAGUUUGAGGAGCGACACCUCAUCUUCCUCAAGCAGCUGGGCAAGGGAAACUUUGGCAGCGUGGAGAUGUGCCGGUAUGACCCCCUGCAGGACAGCACUGGGGAGGUGGUGGCCGUGAAGAAGCUACAGCACAGCACAGCUGAGCACCUCAGGGACUUUGAGCGGGAAAUAGAGAUCCUUAAAUCCCUCCACCAUGAAAACAUUGUCAAAUACAAAGGAGUCUGCUACAGUGCAGGAAGAAGGAACUUGCGUCUGAUCAUGGAGUAUCUCCCCUACGGCAGCUUGAGAGAUUAUCUCAUCAAACACAAGGACCGCUUUGAUUCCAAGAAAUUGCUGCACUAUGCAGCACAGAUCUGCAAGGGUAUGGACUACCUAGCAUUGAGACGGUACAUCCACAGAGAUCUGGCAACUCGCAACAUCCUGGUGGAGAGUGAAACGAGGGUGAAAAUAGGUGAUUUUGGACUUACCAAAGUGCUGCCGCAGGACAAAGAGUACUACACAGUGAGGGAGCCAGGAGAGAGCCCCAUCUUCUGGUAUGCACCAGAGUCAUUGACAGAGAGCAAGUUCUCUGUGGCAUCUGAUGUUUGGAGUUUCGGUGUCGUCCUCUAUGAACUCUUCACUUUCGGGGACAAGAACUGCAGCCCACCAGCAGUUUUUAUGGACAAAAUGGGAAAUGAGAAGCAGGGUCAAAUGAUCGUGUACCAUCUGAUCGACCUGCUCAAACAGGGAUACAGGCUCCCUGCUCCUAACAGCUGCCCAAAGGAGAUCAACAAGGUCAUGACAGGGUGCUGGAACAGUGACCCAAAGCUCCGGCCUACUUUUAAAUCAUUAAUUGUCAGUGUGGAGACUGUACGAGACAGCAAGGACGCAUGAGCAGCAACAAUCCCUGAUUAUUUGGCCUUCAGUUUCUGACACCAGGAGUCAGCCCUGGAGGAUAACAACAGAAAAAUGAACUCUGGCUUUGAUGCAGUCUUAUGUAUACUAGUGUCUUUUCUUUUAUUGUGUGUGCUGUCUGUCAGGGAAAAUAUCUUCAUACUGAAAUAAGGAUGAUGGACAUAGAUGUUUCAGCUUUAUCAUAGUACCAUAAAAUCUGAUAUUUAAGAUGCAGUUUUAUGAGACAGGCUGUUGUGAUCACAAAUGCAGCCACAAUGAACUGCACAGUAUUGCAAAUUCACCCCCAUUCAGGCAGGCAGCUGUUUAAAAUGCAUUAGGAUACACAGGCUAGGCUGGCACUGGCUGUACCCUUAUCAUAACCUUACACAGACGAUAGAUUGGCCAGAUUCCAUGUCUGUUACCAGGCAGAUCCAUCUUUUAAAGUUCUAAUCUGUAUGUUUGUUCCCAGAGAUCAGACAGAUUAGUUAGUGCCAUAUAAGGAGAACAAGGAAGUAGCAGCAGGUGGGGUUUAGUUGAACCUCAAGCCAGUAAACAAUGGCCAAUGGUGAAAGAUUAGCUCAGUGUAUCUAUAGUGUAGUGGCAGUUUUUAUCAGAGCAAGCUUUAUUUUAAUAUCUUGGGAAAACAGCUGAAAUUAUUGUGAUUCCCAGCAGAAACAGCACUGCUAUCUCAAAACAACAAUGAAGAAGCAAAAUCUGUCUAUUUAGGGCUUUUACAGAUGAUAAAUAAUAGACGUCCACUUUCUCUCUUGGCAUUUUACUCUUCUUUAUUACUGGAUCAUGAACUUUACAAAUGAUCCAGUUCAUACACUACAUCUGACACAGACAGAGCAAAAAAAGUUUCUGAUGGCUUUAAAAACAUUUCUCAGUAGGAGUGAUAGUGUUGUUUUUGUACAUAGUAUGUUUAAAAAUGUAAGUGACUGAAAAUUGAGAUAUUUUUAUAGGAAACUAUGCCCGCCUCGGAUCUCUGCUUAAUUAACUUGUGCUGAAUGUUUGAGUCUUAAGAUUGUGUUAAUUUAAAGAAGGAUAAAUCACCAGCAAGUAGUUCUUUAAUGUUUGUUGUAAAAGACCAUGAAUGUGUAAAACUAAACGAGGCCAGAUUAUUUUCAUGUGAGCUCACUGCUCAUGAAGGAGAGCAGUGCAGGAGCUCACCUGUUCCUCUCUGCUUCACAUUUAAAGACUGAAGAAAGAUAAACCAUGAAUGUGAAGCACUGGUGGAUGAACCCUCCAGGAGUGAACAGGGUCAGAAUUGUGCCAUUGCAGUGGACUUGUGCUCAAAGAUACUACAUCCACAUUGACUCGGUUUUACUUUUUAUGCGUUUGUUCGCUUUCAGUGACUACAUAUCUUAAACUAUUCCCCUCUUUGUUGUUUACAUUAUUUCAUCAGCAACUCCUCAUUCAUCUGCUUGGAAAGUCAGUUAUUGUGUGUCUUAUUGUGGCCUUUUAGAGUAUUGUUCAAUUUCUGAGAGAAACUUGCAAUGGAAAUGAUGUUUCCUUUUUCAAGUACUACCUUGUAUAAAAUGUGUAAAUACAACAUGGAGUUUUUAAUUGCUAUUUCAUUAAGAUCUAUCCUCUCUGCCAAAAGACUGGGAAUGUGAACAGUACUCACACUGAAGGUGGAGAAAAAGUAACAAAGGGAAGUGCUUUUAUUUUCUGUAUUAGUUUGUGGUUGGACGAAGUUUAAGUUAAAACUUAAGAAUUAUGUUCAUGUUUUUUAUUUACUCAUUCCAUUAAAUGAUGUAAACAGAACGUGUGUACUAGUAUGUUUGUGUUUGUGUUGUUUAGCAAUUUUCUUUUGAAGAUGUAAAAUCUGCUGUUGAAGAAAAAUGUGUACAGGAUCAGAUUUGAGGAAAACAUUUCUCUAUCUAGUUUUUGUUAGAUUUAAUUUGGGUCAUUAUUAGUGUUGGCAGGAAAUAAAGUUUUCACAUACAAA